AUGAAACCUCUCGGUGUCUCUCCCUAGAUGUGCGAGAAGUUUACCGUCUGUGAGAACAGCAUGGAAAUGCUCGUCCAGAACAACCUCAACCUCCCCAAGGUGACGGAGGAAGAUGGGUGUCUGCUCGUCGGCUUCAAUGAGGACAAAUGCUUGAGGAAAAUCUCCAGUGGGCUUUAUACAUUCCAGACAUACCUUGAAUACGUACAAGAAACUUUCACUAGUGAAAAGCAAAAUGUUGAAUCACUGUGCUAUAGUACAGAGCACCUGGCACGCACCAUAAGACAGAUGGUGAUCAAUCCCAAUGAAGUGAUCAUCCCAGACUCAGCUACCCAGGAACUGCUCCGCGCAAAGCUGAAGACUGAUAAGAUCUGGAUAGAGAAAAUCACCACCCACCUCAUCCUCCGAGACUUUACUUCAUUUAUGGAGAAAACAGUGAGGGCCAUUCGCUAUUUGAAAAACACCAGGAGUUUCAGUGUCUGAAUGUUUUAAUUCAGGCACAAUCCUUUG